UGUAAGAAAAAUGUAACUAAUCCUGCUGAAAAACACACUGGUAUAGUCAUAAAUUUAAUUUAUGACUAUAUGUAACUCUACAACUCAAAUCUACCAAACUCUCACAUACGAAUAUAUACAUCAAAUAUAUUACAAGUACAACGACAAAACAGCGAUUAGUAAGAAAUCAAACAUAUGGAUAUUUAGAUAAUUAAUUAUUACAAUAACUAAUUACAGAUACUUAAAAUAUUAGACUGCAAUUAUGUCAUUGAUGAAGGAACCAUAAUCAAUGGCAUUGCUCAGCUGUUCCAGUGAUAAGAUAACACAACUACUGACAUUAUCCUACAAUUCAAUCAUAUCCUCAUGAAAUCUCAUAGUUUUGGUCAUUAGUGUUUAAAACUUAAAUUUACGUCAUUUAAAUAUAAAUAGUCCAUCUAUGUAAUACAUCUCCACAUCUCGUAUGUAAUUCAUGUUUCAAAUUGGAUAAAUUAAGACUUAAUAUUCCAGACCAGUGUACUUCCCUUAAUUUAUUUCUUUUCGUUUUUCAGUUGUAAAUAUUUGUAUUAUAAAUAAUGUAAAAAACAUAUAUAUCACACUUCUCCGGACUUUCAUGUAAGCCACCUUUCUAUCAGAAAACAAAUUUAUGAAUGGUUCAAGGCAGCACGGGAAUAUUUUAAUAACAUACAUAUUUCAAAUGAGUCUAUUUUUUAUAAAAUAUUAAAGUAACAUGAAUGAUCCAAUUGCGAUGGAGAGUAAACCAAUUGUAACAAUAUUUUAUUCGAAUAAUAUAAUACGAGUUGGUGAUUGUGGUGUUAUUCACUGUAGCACGUCAAAAAUCAGUAAUUUCGAUCUAUUGUACAUAUAAUUGACAGUAUAACACUAUUAAAAAAACAAAACAUUUACUUAUAUUUUUCACUUAUAUUGUCAUUUUUUGUUAGAAUCUUGAUUACUAGUUAUUAGAAUACUAGUCUUUUGACUCCGUCAACGUAUGAAUGGGUGCGUUAUAAGUGUGUGAUAACAAACCUGGUGGUAACAUUCUUUGCGUAGGUAUUUCAGUAGUAUUGGGGAUUUUCAGGUUUUCAGAGUUAAAGUCUUUGUUUGUAUACUUGAAUGACUUCAGUAUUCAGAACACACUUUGAGAUGUUUUAAAACUCAAGAAUUGAAGUUGAUUACUACUAAUUUUGUUUUUUUUACAAUGACAGUCCUAUAAUACUAAUUCCUGAUCAACAGGACUUGGCAUUCUAAUUAUGGAGGUUUUAACUGGCGGCACGACAUUGGGAUAAUUGCUUUCACUGUUUAUAGACAUUCACCAACUGUGGGUGCUACAGAAGCUGAUAUAACCAGAUAGACGUCAUACAUCUAAUAAAAUAUGAGUUUCAGGUGUACUGGUCAUGGACGUUACCUGGACGGUUAUUAGUACCAUCACCUGAGUCUGCGGCCCGGAGAUGUUCCCCAAUGUCCUGGUACCGACGCCGCUUCACACCUACUCGCGGCAGUUGUUCGCCGCCAAGAGCUCGCCACACGGCAGCUUCCUCUCCAGCUCUUCGGCGUUCCUCAUGGACAAUCUGCUGAACGAGAGGCGAUGCUCUGAACCUCCUUCUUCACCACCGGCUUCUCGAGAUACCGAGUACCCGGCCAGUCCGGAGUACGAGAGCUCCGGAUCUCCCUGCCCUACUGACUACCGGGUUCGCAAGGAUCGUCUUUCCCCCAACGGCGACUCUUCGGUCGGCCCGGAGGAUCAAGACCAAUCUGGAGACUCCUCUCGACUCCGGUCGCGCCUGGAUGUCGACACUGACUCUCGCAAUGACGCUCGUCUCGAACCCGACGACAGAUGGACUCCGAAAAGAGAUUUUGAGAGCAGUACUCCUCCAAGUCAUCAUUUCAUGGAGCUCCAGCCGUUGCAGCAAAGAAACAGUGAUUCAGCAACAGAUCAGCUGCAGCGUGCUCCAGCAAGUAUGCAGCUAAAGACUGACGUCACUGCUGAUCUCCAGAUAAAGAGGGACAAACAAUCGAGUCCUGAGCACCCGGAAGUGGCUUCAGCGUUUACCAGCGACUCUCCUGCCUUCAGGCACUUCUAUCACAGUGACGUCUUCAAGAACUACACCGACGGCCUCGGUGUCUUCAAACAUGACUCUUACGUGGACCAAAAAACAAGGUUUUGUGAACUGUACACCGAUUACAAACAAAACGUAGUAGUGCUUAAGCCGAACAGCAAGCGUGCGCUUGAAAGCCAGACGGAGAAAGAGACUCCAGUGCUCAAGUUUAGUGUAAACGCAAUCCUAGGUACCGACCCCAGCAAGAACCCACCCUUGGCAAAUCCUUUCUUCCAGACAACACAGUUCACGUCACAGUACAACCUGGAGUCAAGGAUAGCCAAGCCCAUUCCCCGACCCAGUGCGGGCUUCUCUAGUCUACAACACCCUUUACUGGCCUGUCGGCAGCCUUAUCUCACCGUAGCCGGACACGGUGGGCUGGGCGUACAGGGGACGGCUGCCGUGUUCCCGCUGCCGGGGGCAUUCCCCUGGGCUCACAGUUCUCGGGGCAAGCCGCGCCGGGGCAUGAUGCGGCGUGCCGUCUUCAGUGACCUCCAAAGGAAGGGACUGGAGAAGAGGUUUCAACUCCAGAAAUACAUAUCGAAACCAGACAGAAAAAAGCUUGCGGAAAAACUCGGACUAAAAGAUUCGCAGGUGAAAAUUUGGUUUCAAAACCGGCGAAUGAAGUGGCGCAACUGCAAAGAGCGGGAACUGUUGGCGGCUGGCGGCAGUCGCGAGCAGACCCUGCCCAACAGGAACAACCCGCAUCCUGACCUGAGUGACGCUAGCGCCGACCGUCGACUCGAGGAGAACAACGAAGAGGAGGAGGAGAUCAGUGUAACAUGACGAUUGUAGACACGUCAAAUCGAUGCAAGAUAGCCAGCAGGGCAUGGACAGCCUCGCAACCCCGACUAGCAUCACUCCCCAGCACUCAGCAGGGGUCUCCAGCAUCUGGUCUUCACUCCACUACCUACUGUACACUAUGUUUUCUUAUCUGUGUUUAUAGGUGCUUAUGUUUCCAGAACCUAGCUUGUUUAUAUUGUAAAUGUGUAUGUAUGGGGAUGAUUCAGAACAAAGCACUUAUUACUAAAACAUUCAAAUCCAAAUAUUUAAUCAUUUUCUGUUCAUACUCAAGAUAUCAUAUUGUUUUUAAUUAGUUUUCUUUGAUUUAAGACAAACUUUUAUUGAAUUUUCUCACAGAUUAGUUAAGAACUUCCAUGUAAACGUUACAAAUACUAGUUGUUGCAGACGAGAACUAUGGAGAUAAAUACUUUUAAUAAAAUAAAGCCAUUUGCUCUCA